UUCCAAUACAAACACACACACAAUGUCCAAGCCUGCGAAUCCGGAGUUGAAAAAGUUUCUUGACCGACGUGUCAUUCUCAAGCUGAACGGAAACCGUAAGGUCAGCGGCAUUCUGCGUGGUUUCGACCCCUUCAUGAACGUCGUCCUCGACGAGACCUUUGAGGAGGUGUCCGAGUCAGAGCGUCACGAAAUCGGCAUGGUGGCCAUCCGAGGAAACAGUAUCAACAUGGUCGAAACCGUAGACCGGUCAGGCUGAGGAAGGUUGUUGUGCUGCCACUUUUGCUUGUAUGAUGAAUUCAAGUUUGAAUUGCUGUGCGUUGUGUUGUGCUUCCUGCUUCCCCCCCCCCCAUAAACAUGUUAAGUCC